AUGAGGACCCUACUUGAGCUUUUGACGAAGUAUGUUAUGGGUGCAUCCGCGAAAGCGGUAAACACUGUAGCAUCAAAAUCUUAUGAAGAUGAUGAAGAGGCAAAGAAGUUGGAUGAAGAAAUCUGCGCUAUCAUGGAUAGCAAGGUUACAGAAAAGAAAGAUGACCCCGGAGCAUUCACUAUUUCUUGCACAAUUGAGAUGCAUGAAUUUGCAAAAUCUUUAUGUUACCUUGGUGCAAGCAUCAAAUUAAUGCCUUUUGUCAUAUACAAGAAACUCUGUUUGGAUACCCCAACACCAACCUCUAUGCAGCUCUUAAUGGCAGACCAGUCUAUAAAAAGGUCGGUGGGUAUAUUGCUUGAUGUCUUUCUGAAAGUGGACAAGUUCAUUCUCCUAAUGGAUUUCAUGGUAUUGGAUUGUGAAAUGGACCAAGAGGUGCCUAUCAUUCUUGGUCGUCCUUUCUUAGCCACCGGGAGAGCCAUUGUCGAUCUAGAGCUGGGGGAGAUAAAUUUUAGAGUGCAAGAGGAUGAGGUUUUUUUCAAAAUUUACAAGUCAAUGAAGCAAACCACGGAGUUAGAAGUAGUAUCCAUGGUGGAUGUUGAAAAUGAGAAGAGUAUGCCUCCUCGCAGAGAUUUUGUUCGUGGGGUUAAUGAUCAGACCCCUCAGCCAGUAGAUCCUGAGAAUGAGAGUGUGUCAUAUACAGAGUUUUGGGCCGCUUUCCAGGUGCUAGCCCAAGAUGUGACUAAUGUUAAUGGAAACCGUUAG